GGAAACGUAUACUGGAGGCUGAAUGAUAGAAUCAGCCUAGAUGAAGGCUACCCGAAAUCUAUCAAAGUCUGGGACGGUAUAGAAGUGCCCAUAGAUGCAGCUUAUUCUGACAUAGAAGAUAACGUAUACUUCUUCAAAGGCAAACGAUUUUGGAAAAUGUUCAGCACAAAUUUGAGCGUCAUGCCGGGCUAUCCGAAAUUAAUCGGAAAAGAUUGGCUGAGUUGUGAU